UUUGGAUUUCUCAUUAAUUCACUGUGGCCCACUCUUUCAGUUUUUUGAAAGCCCGCCCACUGACCAUUAUCAGCGCAGUCCUUAUAUAUGCAGCCCGUUGCUGUUGUUUGUGAGUACACACACUAUACAGAGGACCAGCUCAAACCUAUAGCCAGACAGUCACUCAGCCACCACCAUGAAAGAGUUCAAGAGCAAGGCAUUCUGGAGGGCGGUUCUGGCUGAGCUGGUUGGCAUGACCCUUUUCAUUUUCCUCAGCCUCUCCUCAGCCAUUGGGAACAAAAAUAGCGCUAACCCAGACCAGGAGGUGAAGGUGUCACUAGCCUUUGGACUGGCCAUUGCCACACUGGCUCAGAGUUUAGGCCACAUCAGUGGAGCCCACCUGAAUCCUGCAGUUACCCUCGGGAUGCUCACCAGCUGCCAGAUCAGCGUGUUCAAGGCCAUCAUGUACAUUGUGGCCCAGAUGCUUGGUUCAGCUCUGGCUAGUGGCAUUGUGUAUGGAACACGUCCAACUGGCAAUGAUGCACUGGGGGUCAAUUCUCUUAAUGGUGUUACUCCCAGCCAAGGCGUGGGCAUUGAGAUCCUGGCAACCUUCCAGCUGGUGCUGUGUGUCAUUGCAGUCACUGAUAAAAGGAGGCGUGAUGUCACAGGUUCAGCACCCUUGGCCAUUGGCCUCUCAGUUUGCCUGGGACACUUGGCAGCUAUCAGCUACACAGGCUGCGGAAUCAACCCCGCUCGCUCCUUUGGUCCCGCUUUGAUCAUGAACAAUUUUGAUAACCACUGGGUGUACUGGGUGGGGCCGAUAUGCGGUGGUGUAGCAGCAGCUCUCAUCUAUGAUUUUCUGCUGGCCCCCAAAUUUGAAGAUUUUCCCGAGCGCAUGAAGGUCCUUGUCAGCGGUCCAGUGGGUGACUAUGAUGUCAGUGGAGGCAACAACACUACAGCUGUGGAGAUGACCUCAAAAUAGCACUGUGCAAUCACAAAUUAAUUGUGUACUUCCUUAAAAGGAAAGCUCUUGAAUUUAGUCAGUGUCAGUGUUUUGUGCUGUUUUGCAAUACCAAUGACGAUUGUGGUAAUGGGUCAGUGUUUCAUUCUAAUACACUCCUUUCUUUGACCCCAUGCACAAACUGCUGCUUGCACAUCCAAGGCAAGGUUAUGAAAACCUUGACAGAGCAGUGUAUUGUUUUUUUUUUUCUUCUAUAUCAGUAUUUCCUGUUGAGCCAUUAUUUUGUAUACAUAUUUCUAUGUGCCUGUAUCACUUUAUAUUUCUGAUAGGUAAUGUAUAAUGUGUACACUCUUGAAAGCACUCUAAUUUUUUAAAUAAAUAAAUACAACGCUGUUGUUAAGAGCUGUUAU